GGAAGGGGUGCGGACUUAGCUGGGGGCACCCGGCCUGCUCCCAGCCCCCCCAGGCAGGCUCCGGGGCAGAAGAACACGAGCCGUCGGGGGCCCAACUCCCAGGAGCUCCUCCCGCCAGCUCUCAAAUCCGGAGAUGCUUGGGAAGGUUAUCAACCUGCAGUCAUUCUGUUGAGAAACAACUGGACCCAUUACCAUGGAGACCAAAGAAUCUGAAGAUUUGGAAAAGCCCUGCAGGAAGUCAGCGAGUGGUUCGUGGAAAACUGAUGAUGAAUGGGCCAACGUGAGGCCUGGGUUACUCUCGAAAGAGACAUGUCACCCUGACCAGGAGACCCAUGAGCCCCAUUACAACAUCCGGAUCCAGAGAAACUCCAUCUUCAAUCGCUCUAUGAGACGCAGAAGCAAAGCCAGGACUGGAAGCACCCCAGAAAGGAGCCCCAGCCUCCGGACAGGUUCACUGGAAAAGGGGAAAUCUAUAAUUGAGCCCCUGACCUUGAACCUCCCACAGAGCAGAACGCCUCCAUGGAGCAAACCAACACAGACAGACCCAGUAGCCCAGAAAACAAGCGGGUCGUCCUCCACCCCGGGCAAUGGGGCCACGCCCGAGGAGUGCCCGGCGCUCGCCGACAGCCCCACCACGCUCACCGAGGCCCUGCAGAUGAUCCACCCCAUUCCCGCCGACUCCUGGAGGAACCUCAUCGAACAGAUAGGGCUCCUGUAUCAGGAAUAUCGAGAUAAAUCAACUCUCCAAGAAAUUGAAACCAGGAGGCAACAGGAUGCGGAAAUACAGGCAGGUGCUGACGGGUCCCCGGCCAGCGAGGAGGCUGCGGAGGAGGAGGAGGAAGAGGAGGAAGAGCGGGCAAGCCCACCCGAGAGGAAGGCUCUGCCCCAGAUCUGCCUGCUCAGCAACCCCCACUCGAGGUUCAACCUCUGGCAGGAUCUUCCUGAGAUUCGGAGCAGUGGAGUGUUGGACAUCCUGCAGCCCGAGGAGAUCAAACUUCAGGAGGCCAUGUUUGAGCUGGUCACCUCCGAGGCGUCCUAUUACAAAAGCCUGAACCUGCUCGUGUCCCACUUCAUGGAGAACGAGCGGCUGAAGAAGCUCCUGCAUCCGUCCGAGGCCCACAUCCUCUUCUCCAACGUCCUGGACGUCAUGGCUGUCAGUGAGCGGUUUCUCUUGGAGCUGGAGCACCGGAUGGAGGAGAACAUUGUCAUCUCGGAUGUGUGUGACAUCGUGCACCGCUACGCGGCCAAUGACUUCUCAGUGUACAUCACCUACGUCAGCAACCAGACGUACCAGGAGAGGGCCUACAAGCAGCUGCUCCAGGAGAAGGCAGCUUUUCGGGAGCUGAUAGGGCAGCUGGAGCUGAACCCCAAGUGCAAGGGGCUGCCCUUCUCCUCCUUCCUCAUCCUGCCCUUCCAGAGGAUCACGCGCCUCAAGUUACUGGUCCAGAGCAUUCUGAAGCGGGUGGAAGAACAGUCUGAGCACGAGCGCACUGCCUUGGAUGCCCACAGGGAACUGGAAAUGGUGGUGAAGGCGUGCAACGAGGGCGUCAGGAAAAUGAGCCGCACCGAGCAGAUGAUUAGCAUCCAGAAAAAGAUGGAGUUUAAGAUCAAGUCAGUGCCCAUCAUCUCCCACUCCCGCUGGCUGCUGAAGCAGGGCGAGCUGCAGCAGAUGUCGGGCCCCAGGACAUCCCGAACCCUACGGACCAAGAAACUUUUCCAAGAAAUUUACCUCUUCCUCUUCAACGACCUGCUGGUGAUCUGCCGGCAGAUUCCGGGAGACAAGUACCAGGUGUUUGACUCGGCCCCGCGGGGCCUGCUCCGGGUGGAGGAGCUGGAGGAUCAGGGCCAGACACUGGCCAACGUGUUCAUCCUGCGGCUGCUGGAGAACGCCGACGACCGCGAGGCCACCUACAUGCUGAAGGCGUCCUCCCAGAGUGAGAUGAAGCGGUGGAUGACUUCCCUGGCUCCCAACCGGAGAACCAAGUUCGUCUCCUUCACAUCGCGGCUGCUGGAUUGCCCCCAGGUCCAGUGUGUGCGCCCCUACGUGGCCCAGCAGCCCGACGAGCUGACACUGGAACUCGCCGACGUCCUGAACAUCCUGGACAAGACGGAAGAUGGCUGGAUCUUUGGUGAGCGUCUGCAUGACCAGGAGAGAGGCUGGUUCCCCAGCUCCAUGACGGAGGAGAUCUUGAAUCCCAAGAUCCGGUCCCAGAACCUCAAGGAGUGUUUCCGUGUCCACAAGCUGGACGACCCCCAGCGCAGCCAAAACAAGGACCGCAGGAAGCUGGGCAGCCGGAAUCGGCAAUGACCCUGGGCCCGGGCGACCAGCCUGGUCGGAGGAACGAGGGCCGGUGGGAGCAGGGCCUGGCAGGCAAAUCCCGACAGGCAGCAGGGGGCCCGGGGAAGGACCGGAGGCAGCAGGACGUCACUCGGGGAACCUCGUGCAAGGAUCGCCCCACCUCUCGGCUCUGCUACGUGGGGCUCACGUGUCCCAGCCCCUUGCUCGCACGCUGGAGGAAGGGUGUCCACGUCCUCCCCGAUGCACUUGUAGACGGGAAAGUGCAUUCUCAGCAGUAUUACACCAGCCCUCCCUCCUUCCCUCCGAGGGUGGGAGGGGAUCGGCACGUUUCAGAGGCUCCCCAGCCCCACGCGACCUUGGCCACGGGCAGGCGGAGGGUGGUGGUGGACCCUGCACAUGUCCUUCUCCACCUGGAAGCCAUUAGAAUCCACUGGGUGCUCGGACGGACUGUCCUUGCCUGACAGAUGGACAAGAAGGCCAACCGCCUCCCCCACCGCUGACUCACCCUGGUGCCCACCCCCACUCCAGCCCACCCCAGUGGCCAAGCCAGGCUCCGCCUUGCAACAGGCCUACUCCAGUGUGGCCCAGGCCACCUCCGGCUCCCUGACGGGCUGGCUGGAGCGUUUGUCUUCUGGCCCUUUACAAGCCCAGGUGUUUGAAGGAAUGCAUUGGUCACUGCAUCCUGUAUGGGUUAUGGUUCCAAGACAAGCAAAUCUCAUUUUUGGUUGCAUUAAAAGAAGCAUCAUGUAUAAAAUGAA